AUGACUACUCCGAAAUACUUUGAUCCUUGGGCUCGAAGAGAAGCCUGGCGUAAUCAAUUUGGAUUUCGUAACAAUGUAAGACUUUCUUGGCCAGGUCUAUCUUGGGGCAUUGGAGCUUUUAUAAUUUAUCUUGGUUAUGAAACACUUGCAAAUCCUUUAAAUUUAGAAAUUUCAAUUAAAUAUUAUAUCAAAUGUCCAACUAAUUAA